AUGGCGCUGUCAGCCAAGGACCGGGCGAUGGUGCGCGCGCUGUGGAAAAAGCUGGGUAACAACGUUGGCGUCUACACGACCGAAGCCCUGGAGAGGACCUUCCUGGCCUUCCCUGGCACCAAAACGUACUUCCCCCAUUUGGACCUGAGCCCCGGCUCCGCCCAAGUUAAAGCCCACGGCCAAAAGGUGGCUGACGCGCUGACCCUUGCCGUAGAUCAGCUGGACGACCUGCCGGGCGCCUUGGCCUCUCUGAGCGACCUGCACGCACAUAAGCUGCGUGUGGACCCAGCCAACUUCCAGCUCCUGUGCCACUGUCUGCUGGUGACCCUGGCCCGGCACUAUCCCGGAGACUUCAGCCCCACCAUGCAGGCCUCGCUAGACAAGUUUCUAAGCCAUGUGACCUCCACGUUGGUCUCCAAGUAUCGCUGA